UUUCGUGGUCGUCCGGGCGGUUAGGUUGUUGGAAGUUCUGCUAUUCGGAGUCGUGCUGCCGAACGCGAUGCGGGCACGGUAGUGAGGAACCAUCGCCAACGAAAAUACAAAGAGUGAAAAAGACAUUUUUGGGGCAUUCCGCCGAUGUAUUAUUUGAUGGGAAGCGAAUUUCUGCGGGGAAGAGAUUUACAGUUUUGACAUUAGCGCAUCUCGCAGGCAGUGCAUAGCUUCUUAGAAGCUGCCCGAACACUUUAUGCAAGUAAACGAUAUUACGCGAUAGAGCAGCGAGUAAAAAUAAUCACGAUAUCUGGCUUUUUUAGUGAAUGAGUGUUGCGGAUUGUGUGCAUGACAUUAACGACGCCUUUUCUCUUUGAUAAGGCUGAACGGCUGUGAAUGGCAAAUGUUGUAACGUGCGUGACUACAGAUAAGAGGCAAUUCAAGUGAAAGAAGCUGAUGCUGAAAUACUAUCGCUGACAGUGGGAGGUCAUUUCGAAUGACAAAUUCAGCACAUUCAAUUGAUAAUCGGAUUGCCGCCGACUACCGCAGCUAGCCCUUUUAGGCAAGAGAGUUCAAGUCAGUAGACAUUUUGCAAGCCUGGAAGUGCUGUUGACAUAACUUUGAAAUAUUUUUUCGAUGAUUGGUCAAUAUCAAAUAACAAGUUUUCAAGAGAAACGGGAAGGCGGGUGGUGAGUGUAGGUGACACCAUCAGGUUGACAGUGGCGACCGAGAAGCGUUGUGGAAAGAAACAACAUUGUAGGAAGUGGUGAGUUGUAAAUGUGUGUAUUGUGCCUGGAGAGUGGUGAUAGUUGAGCUCUCCCUCGACGAUAGUUGCACAACGUGAGCUGGAAUCGGACUCUCGCUCGCUAGCAAGGCGAUAGCGUAGCGGUAGGCUGCGAAAGCGAUUUUCGAGUGUAAACAACAAACUCUUGCUUUAUAUUGUCCAAGAUCUGACGAAGUGGAAAAAAAUAUCGGAUCUCCCACACAUAAAGCACCGAAAGUCUGCGGAGUCCAGCAAGUAUUUCCAUGCUGAGAUAUGUGCAGCAGGUUCCUACAUAUGUGGUGCGGCGACGGCAGUGAAAAGUGACGUUUUCGGAAUCGCUUCCAUGCUUGUACCGACAUACUCUUGGUAUCGCGGUGGUGAGGAAAAUUUUUGUUUACCAAUCUUUUGGAAAGUGUAAUUUUCCGCGGUCUUAAUUAACGAGAGCAGAAGAAGUGGUACCGAUGCAGUAAACAACAAAGCGUCUAAGCUGUACUCCAACGGAUGAUUGUCUGCGAAUGACGACGGCCUUUUUUUAAGUGGUGUUCUCUAUUUACUGAUAGUGUGCGGAGUGGAUUGAGGGAAGAAAACGUCAGACAUCCGGAGAUUUUAUCAAGCGAUUGUUUCACUUCGGUAUGUCAGCCUCCAACUGGAAGCCUAUAAUCACGUAAACGAUUAUUCAGCUGAACGGUUCAAAAUUCUAAAAGAGCCGCGAUCUUUACCACAACUGCCUGCCCGUGCUCUACAACUAGACUGACGGGUGUUAUCAACAUCUUCAUCAACAUAAUUGUCAUCGGUAUCAUCGCCAGCGGCAACCGGAGCGGCCCGGAGUGCAUUUUACAUUAGCCACCCGGCCGGAAUGACAUCAGUCAUCAUCGCUGCUGGUACUGGCAAUAGCGUGGGACGCGAGCGGAACGGAGCGGAAUAGAUGCCAACGACGCCGGAAAGUAACCGAUGCGCCCUCGAAGGGCCCCCAUUUCGCUCGGAGCUUACCGGUGAGGCUGACGAACUGCUCGUGUGUCGCUGAUUCCAUCACCAACCCAGAACGAUUAGAAAAUAGUGACUCUAUGCCUACCACUGGAGCAGGUCCCCCAGGCAGAAGCAAACGGAGAAGAACCGACCGAAAUGACGUAAACUUGAGCGGCGCUCGACUGGAUCGGUGGAACUGAUUGGACCAAAAACAUUAUCAACAAUAACAAUACCCACGAUACCCAGCAGUAACUUUUUGCUGCUGUCCCCCUUUUGACGAUCUGCUCUUAGCCACGCACAGCCUCCCCCUCCCCUCAUUCGACUGAGUCACAUACCUUCAAAACAGGAACGUACGGAUUCUAAAGCACAACGCACAAGCGAACACCAGCACUGAAGCAAAUACGAAACGAAACAACCCGAAGACGACGAACCCCAAAACUAAAGCCCAUUUAUGAAACAGCUCAAGGACCAGAAGAUCAAAUUUAUCAGAAUGCUGACCCGGAGGAACUGGCUGCUGCGGUGCAGCAUCCUGAUCAAUGUGGCGGUGCUGCUGUAUCUGUGCAGCCAUGUGCUGAUCGGCGGGGGCAACUUUGCCCUUGGGCCGGCCUACAUCAUCUCGGACGAGUCGAUGCUGAAACCCCCCGCCCAGUACCGGACCCACAUACCGGCCCAUCUGGCCCAGCAACUGCGGCAGGAGGAACGGGAAGCGCUGAUGAUGCAGCAGCAGCAGCAAACGCAGGCCGAGCAGCAGCAGCAGCCGCACAGUAGUGUAGUAUUAAAAAUUCAGGAAAAUGGGAUCAGCGUCCAGGAGGUACCCCAGCAACAGCAGCAGACGGCAAAUCAGAACCAGCAACAGGACCAGCUGCUGUUGGAAGCGGCCGGACGCGAUGUAGAUAACAAUAAUAAUAACGUAAAUGUAGAUGAUAGUCGAUUCGAUGUGCCAACAGAAACAAGCCAGGGUAGCAACGGUGGCCCGGGUAACAACAGAGCUGCCGGUGCCGAAGUCUUGUACCAGGACGGUGGUGCCCCAAACGGCGCUGGAGCUGGUCUCCUCAAUGCUAGUGAUAUUUUCUCGACCACGGCGUCGAUUGAUCUCGACAUGAAGCUAAGGUCACUGCUUAACUGUCACGAUCGUGACUACGAACCGUACAUCGGCCAGCGGGGUGACUUCUGGGUAAUGAAGAACUACAUCCGCGCCGAGCACGGCGAGCUGCGUUGCCAUGAAACCAUCACGUAUACCACACACGCGGACUAUACGUUCCUCGAUAAUCUGAUACCACUGCUGGAGAGGUGGAACGCACCGGUCAGCUUAGCGAUGCACGCCCCGGGUACGGACUUUGUGCCCACCGUUAAUGCCGUCAAAUAUCUCCGAGACUGCCUACCAGAGAGUCAUUUAGUUCGUCAGUUUGUCACGUUUCAUAUUUAUUUUAGUAGUAAACAUAUUCCUAAAAACGUUCCUAAGUACGAAAAAGUAUUAGAGCCUCCUUUCAACUGUUCGCUGCCGGCGCCGUACUUCAACGUAUCGAGCUCGCAGCUCUACAAGACGCAGAAGAAGCUGCUCUACCCGGUCAACGUGGGCCGGAAUAUCGCCCGCGACGCGGCGAUGACCCACUUCAUACUAGCUAGUGAUAUCGAAUUGUACCCGAAUCCGGGCCUAGUGCAUAAGUUCUUAGAGAUGAUAGUUAGGAACGAGCCGGUGCUGCAGCGGAAGAAUCCCAGGGUAUUCCCACUGUCGAUAUUCGAAGUGGACAGCAGUUCGCCGGUGCCUCGUGACAAAACCGAACUACAGGAGCUGUUACGAACGGGCAAGGCGAUUCCGUUCCACAAGCGAGUCUGCUCCAGCUGCCAUGGAGUUCCCAAAUCCAAGGAGUGGAUCGCUGCCAACGAAACGGAUGAUUUGGGUGUCUUCCACAUAGGCAAACGUGUGGGUUAUUUUGUCCAUUGGGAGCCUAUCUACAUUGGAACACAUGCCGAUCCGCACUACGACGAGCGAUUAAGUUGGGAAGGCAAAAGUGAUAAAAUGACGCAGGGGUACUCCCUUUGCGUGUUAGACUAUGAUUUCCACAUAUUGGAUAAUGCGUUCCUAGUGCACAAGCCGGGCAUCAAGGUGCUAAAGAAGGACCCGAAGCGGGCAAUGCUCGCGGCGAAAACCAACCAGCUCAUCAAGAAGAUAAUCUACCCGGAGCUGCAGGUCAUGUACGGUACCCGGAAAGGCUGUGCUGUAUAGUUGAAGGGGAAACAAAUGUCCCAAUAGUAUAAGGAUAGUUCCGGUAUUGGUGGAGGAGGCGGUGGCGAGAUUAGCUGGAGCCGGAACAGCAAAGAGCUCGCCCCGCCAAGUAACGGUUAUAGCGGUGGUGGUGGUUUCAGUCUGGACGGGACGUCUGUCGCUUCGUCCAUGUUGACUUCGUCUAUGGCCACAGCUGGGGCCGGAUUUCUGCUAUCGCUCCAGGAGCGGCCUCACGUCGGAAGUCGACGGAAGAAGGGCAAACGGAAGGGAUUCGUUAGACGGAAGUAACUAGGUAAGGAGCAUGCCGAGACGAGUAUGAGUGCGAUGUGGGUUUGUACAUUUUCGGAAUGAUCGCACAUUGAAGGUGUGUCUGUUUGUGUAUAAUGAAUGCAAUAAUAGGUGUUUUAAGAAGUGACACGAGUGUGAGUUUUAGACGCGUAAGCAGAAAGGUGAUACUGUCUUAUUAUACUCUUAGUUUAAGGACAGAAGGAGUCGUAGUAACGUUUCAAUGUGGUAACUUUUGUACUUUUACUACCAAAACCAAGUCGGAAAUCACGAGACAUUAACCAAAACGAUCAAAACCAGUAGAAAGUUCAAUCACUAGGAACAAAGCAGAUCAUUAUAGAUAACAUGAAAAACGUUGGAUAUUUUUUAAUCACUUUUACACUGAUAGAAAAAAAAUGUCAAUACCAUAUAAUAAACACACAAACACUGUAACCAAAACGCAACAUUCUGUAGACGAAGAUGCUAAAUAGAAGUUACGAAUGCGAAAUAAAACUUUACGCUAUCGAAGCAGUGAAAAGGUAACUAAAUUACACCAGCAAAACACACCCACACACAAAAUCAAACACAUCUGCAGCGUAAUACUACUACACUAUCAGACUUUUUGGCUGUUGUCCGUUAAGAAAGGCCUCUGCAGUAUUGGAAUUCGAUCUUUUUGAAGUAAAAGUCAUAAAGAUGGAGGGGCAAACAAAAACUAGAAUCGCAUUUCACAAAACAAAUGGUUCUAAUCCAAGCAAACGCAUAUUACAGUAGUUGUAUGUGUAAGAAGUUAGAAAUUUGCUUUUCCUACUUUGUUUACCUAUUAGGGGAGAAGAAUGUGGUGGUUAAUUGACUGUCGAAUAUUAGUUUAAAUUAUUACUCCAAAAUUUCUUAUGGCACGUCAAGUGAUGUCAUAAGACGAGUUGUUACUAUCCCAUUACAUUACUCCAAAUGAAUGUAACUGUAUCAUGUCAAGUGCGAGACACCGAAGACGCCCUUACUGCUGUAAAGUUAACAUCAAGUGGUGGAAUUGAAUGGGAUAAUACUAAUUCAUCUUCUAACAAGUUCUAAUACCAAGUUUACUUAGAUCUAACGGUUCGAUUUUGUUUUAAAAUUUAACUUUUUAAAUACAAAGCAAAUUAAUUAAAUAUUUCUUUAAAAAAUCUACACAAGUUCCAUUUCGCAAAACUGUAAGCUUAUUAUCGUUCUUCGACAUAAUGGUCAAUUUUCUACUACGUUUUUUGUACCAAACUAACAUCACACAUCAAAUAGACAACUAUCUUUCUUCCAACCAUUCCAACCGAGUCGUAAAGUUUAAGCAUUAUUUUCCAUGAAAUGAUUUCUUCUCCUUCUCUAAAAGAUGAGUGCCUUAUAUUGUAUUGAAGAAUAUUAAAGAAAGAAUAAAGAGUAAAACGUGUUUAAAAAUAAGGAAGUCAUUGAACCUUGAAUGGCAUACCAGAAAUUUAAAAAAAAAUCUGUUUAAUGUAUACAAUCAAAAUCAUCACAAGAGAGGGAUCGUUUUUUGUGUCGAUAUAGAGUUACAUAACACCACAAUCGAACAUCAUUUAUCAUGCCCUUUUCUCCACGAUCACUGCUUGGAGUAUAGAAUAAUUUUCAAUUGUACAUACUUUCCGUUCUCACUCUUCUUUAGCUUAUUAGAUUAGUUUAAUAAUUGAAACAAGUGCUCAUUUUAAACCGUAGUUACUAAGUAAUCAUUUGUGUAUACCAACUUUUCAUAUUUCGCGCAAUUUCUGUUGAGGGCUUCAGUUACAGGCCCUUGAUCUUAUUCUAGUGCUAAGUACUAUUACACACAGAUGAGAGGGAAAGUCAACUUGUAUCUAAUACAAUCCAAAUCGAAAUUUGUUCAAUUAGGGAGAGUUUCCGUCACUUAUAGCAUUUUUUUUUCUGGCAAAGCAAUGUAACGUGUUUACCGUAGAUCUAGUGUCCGUUAUCGAAAUUUAUAAAGGGAAUAGAGUGAAACGUUUUACCACAACUUCAAUAGAGGCAAACGACAGUGAGAACAUAUUAAAAUUACAUUACCGUAGCGUGAGUUCAAAACAGAACAUUUCAUAUCUUUCAGCGUUAUUGGAACUACGUUAACUAUGGAAAUUAGCAGACCUAGGUCCCACUUAUUUAUUACAAUUUUUCUUAGUAGAAUCUAGUUCUUUUCAGAGCCAUUGGUCGUAAUCACUUUCAUCGAAUACGAAAGAAAUCUCAUCAUACACUAUUAUAAAAACACACAUAAACGAUAGAAAGUCACCAAAAUCAACGCGCGUGCAUUGAUAAGAUGGAAGGAAAUAUCUGUGAGUAACGUGAGAAAACAUUGGAAAACACAAGCGCCCAACUCUUUUUAGUGAGCGAACUCGUGAAAUAAAUGUAUUGAUCAAACAAUAA